UUCUUUUUAGUUACAAAAACAAUUUGUAAUAGAACAGCUGUAUAAUUAAAUUUUUAUGUUGUAAUAUUGGCAACAAAAACGAUUGGCUAAACUCUUUGUUAUGUUUUUAAGUAAAUUUUGAAUAAAUUCCAACAAUAUUUUGCAAAAAAUCCGUUAUAAUUCCUGACAUAGAAAAAAUUGUUUUCGUUUCGUCAAAGUGUUAAGUAAUUUGUUAAUUUUCAUUUUUAUUAAUAAAAAAAUACCCAAAAUAAAAUUUCAAAUCCACCUUGCAUUGACUACAAUUAAAAAUACCAAAGAACACCACUACAACAACAAUUCCCGUUUUCAUAAUCAUGAAACCUUUUCAAACUGGUGCUUACGAUUGUAGCAAACUAUUGACCGAAAAUAUCAAUCGUUUGUUUGCGAAUCGUGAACCCUGGCAAGUGGCCAGCAUAACAGCUUCUGCUGUUCUUACCUCCAUUUGGUUAUGGAGUUUUAUCAAUCAAGAUGAAAGCAUUUGGGUACGUGGUAAAAGACAAUUUUUCCGUUAUCUAAAGAGAGUACCAGCCGUGCGCAGAAAAAUCGAAUCAGAAUUAGCUAAAGCUACAACUGAUUUCGAGAAUGACAUAUCAAAAAGUUGUGAAAAACUUACCUAUUCCCUGCGCCUACCCGAAGAGGGUCUUAGUAAAGAGGAAAUUCUUAAAUUGGUGGAUGAACAUUUGAAAUUGGGUCAUUACGAUUGGCGUGAUGGUCGUGUAUCGGGUGCUGUUUAUGGUUUCCAAGAGGACUUAGUGGAUCUAGUGACACAAGUUUAUGGCAAAGCUUCCUAUACGAAUCCUUUACAUCCAGAUAUCUUUCCGGGUGUAUGUAAAAUGGAAGCAGAGGUAGUGCGUAUGGCCUGUACACUAUUUCAUGGUGAUGCUAAGACAUGUGGUACUAUGACUACUGGUGGCACUGAAUCUAUUGUGAUGGCUUGUAAAGCUUAUCGUGAUUAUGCCCGUGAACAUAAAGGUAUUACCCAACCAAAUAUGGUGGUGCCUCGUACCAUACAUGCUGCCUUCGAUAAGGCUGGCCAAUAUUUCAAUAUUCAUGUGCGUUAUGUUGAUGUAGAUCCCGAAACUUAUGAAGUUGAUAUGAAAGCCUUUAAAAAGGCCAUUAAUUCCAAUACCAUAAUGUUAGCUGGCUCAGCGCCUAAUUUCCCUUAUGGUACCAUGGAUGAUAUAGAAGCUAUUGCUGCUUUAGGUGUUAAAUAUGACAUUCCAGUACAUGUAGAUGCUUGUCUGGGCAGUUUUGUGGUGGCUUUAGCUAGAGCAGCUGGCUAUAGUACAAAAACAUUUGAUUUUGAACUGCCCGGUGUAACCAGUAUUUCGGCUGAUACUCAUAAGUACGGCUUUGCCCCCAAAGGCUCAUCGGUUAUUUUAUACUCUGAGGGUAAAUAUCUUAAUCAUCAAUUUACCGUUACCACCGAUUGGCCUGGUGGUGUUUAUGGCUCUCCCACUAUUAAUGGUUCUCGUGCUGGUGGUAUUAUUGCCGCCUGCUGGGCCACUAUGAUGAGUUUUGGUUAUAGUGGUUAUUUAGAGGCUACUAAACGUAUUUUAGAUACUGCCCGUUAUGUGGAGCAAGGCAUACGUAAAAUUGAUGGCAUUUUUGUUUUUGGUAAACCUGCCACUUCUGUGGUGGCUAUGGGUUCAAAUGUUUUCGAUAUUUUCCGUUUAUCGGAUGCUUUAUGUAAAUUGGGCUGGAAUUUGAAUACUUUGCAGUUUCCUUCGGGCAUACACAUCUGUAUCACCGACAUGCAUACAAAACCCGGCGUUGCUGAUAAAUUUAUAGACGAUGUAAGAUCGGCUGUAGCAGAGAUAAUGAAAGAUCCUGGUGUACCAGUAUCUGGCAAAAUGGCUUUAUAUGGUAUGGCCCAAAGUAUACCCGAUCGUACGGUAGUGGGUGAAGUAACACGCUGUUACCUUAAUUGCAUGUAUUACACACGACCUGAAACUAAAACAAUCAGCAAUUAAAGAAACUUUAUAAUUUUUAUAAAAUAAUUUUGUUUUCAACUUAUUUGUAUUAGAAAAAAUAUAUAACAUUUAUUGUACUUGUUUUUAUAAUAGCACUUCAUUAAAAAAAGGACUUUUUUUGUUAAACAUUA